UUGCUUCUAAAAUGCAUAUGCUACGUAGAUCUCCUAGAGACGAUAUUGAGCAAAAUGGAUUCAGCUGACCUAAUCAAUUCAACGGAACAAGAGUGGAUGAUUCCUCUUACACUUGCGGCUUAUAUAAGUAACUUCGUGGCGGUACGCGUAUUGUUACACAAAUUUACUGGAUUGGCAUACAAAGGUGACGAAAAUCAGUUCCUUCCCAUACAUGUGGCGUCCAAAAAAGGCCAUUGCAGGAUUGUUGAAGAGUUUCUCAAUCAUUGCCCCGACUUGAGGGAGUCAUGUGACGGUGAAGGCCGGAAUAUUCUUCAUGUUGCGGCCGCGCAUGGAAGAGUUAAUGUUGUCCAAUAUAUUGUUGGAAAGCGCAAUCUUCAAGUGCUUAGCAAGCAAAGAGAUCAAAGUGGAAAUACCCCUCUACACAUAGCCGUCCAAAACUGGCAUCCUAAGAUUGUCAAAAUUCUUUCCCCCUUCCAUGCGCAUGAGAGAGCCAAUUUAAAUAGUUUGAACAAUGCAGGUAUGACGGCAUUGGACCUUGCAGAGAAGACCGAGGUAGAUAAAGAGAUGUUGUUUCGGAGAAAACUGACACUUAUGACCUUGACCUUGGCUAAUUCUCCACGAUCUGAAGAGCGAACAGCCACCAAAGCAAAUCUAGUGAUAGAGGAUUCUGUUCUGAAGUCCUUGCACAAUCUGAUAGCCUAA